AUGGAUAAACUAGAGAAACAUUUAACCGGGAAAUUAAAGCUAUUAAAAUUUACGUUCGAGAAAACAUCUGAAAUUGUGAGUAAAGCAAAUAUUGUCGCCAUCGAAAGACAACGCGUAGCAUUGUUAAAGAUUACUGCGAAUAUCGAGGAGGUAAAAUUACGGAUUUUAGAAGGAAAGUUUGAACGGGGAGACAACGAUGAAACAAUUACAAAUUGGAGCAAAAAUGUCGAAGAACAAGUCGAAAACGUCGAUGCGGAAGUCGAAAAGCUACAAAAAUAUUUGGAUGAAAUGAAAGCCAACCAAGCGAGCAAAGCGAAAGAAGCUGAACGGGCACAACAACUACAGUUUGAGAAAGAACAAUACGAACAAAAACUGCAUUUUGAGCACAAAGUUGAUGAAAUCAAGAAAGAUAAUACUACAAAAAAGCCGGAUCAAAUUCAAACGAAGCUUCCCAAGUUAAUUAUUACCCCCAUUUAAUGGCGCACCAACCGAUUGGCUUCGUUUUUGGAACAUAUUUGAAACUGAAAUAGAAAACAACAGUGAUGUAGCACCCGUAACCAAAUUCGCCUAUCUAAAAGAACUUUUGGAACCAAAUGUUAGAUCAACUAUAGAUGGACUACCAUUUUCAACUGAAGGAUAUACCAGAGCGAAAAAUAUUUUGAAGAACAAGUAUGGCAACGCGAGAUUGUCAACGCCUAUGUGCAAAACAUUAUGGCUUUACCAGUUAUCAAUGGUACACAACCCUGGAAAACACACGAUUUUUAUGAAAAAUUAUUAUUCAACGUUCAAGCACUCAAAACUUUAGGGAAAUUAACUGAGAUAAAUGGUUAUGUGCGAAUGUCGAUAGACAAGCUCGAAGGGAUACGGGGAGAUUUACUUCGAACGGAUGACAAAUGGCGCGAAUGGGACUUUCCGAAAUUUGUCGAAGCACUGCGAAUGUGGACCGAAAGAAACCCCUGCCUACCACGAAAGAAGCGGAGCGAAUUCCCAAGUGGGUCUUCCUGUAAUACCCAACAACGUACCUGUGUUUAUUGCGAUAAGCCAGACCACAAGUCAAUCGAUUGUGGCAGUGUGACUAAACUCGGUGAGCGAAGGCAGAUUUUACAGCGCAAACGACUCUGUUUUAACUGUACCGGUUCAGGGCACAGAGCUUCGGAGUGUAAAAGUCGAUCGAAAUGUCGAGUCUGCGAUGGGAGGCACCAUUCCUCCAUUUGUGAAAAACCACCGAAAGAGAACCUGAUGACAACCAAUCAAGGAAACGAACAGCAUGUUGUAUAUCCAGUUGUGGUUGUAGAUGUGCAUGGAGUCAAAUGUCGUGCGUUGCUGGAUUCGGGAUCAGGUAGCUCCUUCGCAUCAGCCGUCUUGUUCAAAACGAUUGGAGUCAAACCCAUCAGCUCGGAAAUGCGACAAAUCGAAAUGAUGUUGAGCACCACAACACGAAGGAUGGACGUUUAUACUGUAAAUGUAAGCUCGCUGAAUACGUCUUUUGAAAUGGACAUCAAUGUCGGCAAAGUGGAGAAGCCUCAACUCAUGACUUUAAAGAAUCCUGGUUAUAAGAGCCUCCUGGGAAGACACCCACAUCUCGAAGGCGUAGUCAUGGAUGACAACGACAACAAGACCAACUUACCUGUCCACUUAAUCCUGGGAAUCAGUGAAUGCACCAGAAUAAGUACAGCAGAACCGCAGCGCAUCGGUGGAGAAUGGGAUCCAGUGGCUACACUCACCAAGCUGGGAUGGACUAUUACUUCACCUGGGCAGGAGUUUGACGUCUCAGUAAUGUUACUUACCCAAACAGCGCAAGUUGACUACGACGAACUGUGCAAAAUCGAUGUUCUUGGUCUCGCAGACCACCCUGUUGGUGAUCAAAAUGAAGUGUUCGAAGAAUUUAAGGAGCAGCUACAAAGAAGUAAAGAUGGAUGGUAUCAAACUGGUCUCCCUUGGAAAGGAGAUCACCCGGCGGUGCCAACUGGGAAAGAUGUCAGUUUACACAGAUUAAACACUCUAGUUCGCAAGCUGGAGAAAUCAGGAACGAUCAACGAUUAUGAUGCAAUCAUCAGAGAGCAGCUGGAUCAAGGCGUAAUAGAGCGUGCCCCAGACACAGUGGUCGGCGAAGAAUGCUACAUUCCACAUAAGCCAGUGAUACGAGAGAAAGCAGUGAGUACAAAACUUCGAAUUGUGUACGAUGCUUCGGCGCGAGUAGAAGAUAAUGCCCCAUCUCUAAAUGAAUGUCUCAACCCUGGUCCGCCACUCCAAAAUAUAUCAAGCAAGCCUUCUUACAAGUCCGAAUUUGUGAAGAGAACAGAGAUGCUUUAAGAUUCCACUGGUUAAAAGAUGUGAAUUCAAAGGAGGUGGAGACCUACAGGUUUACUAGGGCAUUAUUCGGACUCGCCCCGUCUCCAUUUUUUUUGGGCGGAGUGAUCAAACAACAUCUUGAGUAUGGCACAGUAAAAGUCCAGAAACUGUGCGUGAAAUCGAAAAGAGCCUCUACGUGGAUGAUUUGAUAUCAGGUGCGACAACCACCAAUGACGCCAAGCUACUCAAAGUUGAAGCUACAGAAAUAUUCGAGGACACUGCCUUCCAAUUACACAAGUGGCAUUCGAACGAAGCUACACUGGAAUCCAACCAACAUGAAGGAGAACUCACAGAUCAGACCUUUGCAAAACAGCAACUGAGACAGCCAGAUAACGGGAACUGCAGCCUCCUUGGGCUUGCAUGGAAUAAAAACAAAGACACAAUUAGCAUUCCUAUUUCGAAUGAGGAAGUACCAAUAACCAAACGAGGAGUUCUAACGAAAGUAGCAAUAAUCUAUAACCCACUGGGGUUGGCGUCACCAUUGUUACUUACUGGGAAAAUGCUGUAUCGAGAAGCGUGCAACCUUAAAUGUACAUGGGAUCAAGCACUACCAAUUGACCUCGGUAAGAGAUGGAAACGAUGGGAAAGAGAGUUACCAGAACGUAUAACAACAGUGAGGUCUUUGGCAAAGUACCAAGAACACUGGUUCUUGCACAAGCAUUACUCUUCAUGCGUUAGGCGGUGCGAGUGGAAACGGAGUAGCUGCAGCCACCUAUGCUGUAGUGUCUCAACCAUCAGGGCAAACGCAAGGGCUCGUGACAGCCAAGGCUCGACUCGCCAAACACGGACUGACUAUACCUCGACAAGAAUUAGUUGCUGGCCACAUGGCUGCUAAUCUUGUCACUAAUGUCAAGGAAGCACUCGAAGGAUUCCCUGUAGCAAACUCAUACUGUUGGUUAGAUAGUACGGUGGCCCUUCAUUGGAUUCGGGGCGAAGGAAACUACAAGCAAUUCGUGCAAAACCGAGUCAACAAAAUUCAGCAGAAAAACCUCGAGUGAAGAUACGUCCCAACGCACGAGAAUCCGGCGGAUUUGGGCAGCCGUGGCGGUGCUGUAACGCAGACCAACGAGCUAUGGUGGAAUGGACCAAAGUGGCUUUCCAAACCCGAGGAAUGGCCUGAGAACGUCAGUACGAAAGUUACCAAAGAAUCACUUGGAGAGGCUAAGAAAGUUCGUGAAUUGUUCAAAUUGGCGACCGAACACGAAUCAGAUGAGUUCAGUGAACAAUAUGGAAGGCGAAAUUACUGGACGGUGAUUAGAACGUGUGCAUGGAUCGCGAGAUUUGUGCACAACGCGAGAAACAAAAAUAAAAAGGUCGGUCCACUAACUACAGAAGAGAUUGAAGCACAAAAGAAAUUUUGGGGAAGAAAAGGCUCAACGACAAGGCAAAGCGAGUGAGAAAUACGAUGCUGACCGAAUGCAACUCAACCUACAGCGAAACCAAUCGGGAUUGUUAGAAUGUCGAGGCAGAUUUCAAGGACAUUAUCCCAUUUACCUUCCAGAUACUGAGAUCUACACAGAGAAAUUCGUACAGCAAGCUCAUGAAGAUACACUCCACGGCGAAGUGGGACUCACCAUGGCAAAGGUUCGCGAAAACCAUUGGGUACCUCGCCUGCGACAGCUAGCGAAACGGCUUAUCAAGAAAUGCCCCAGUUGCAAGAGGUUCCAGAUCACAGCUCUGGCCAGUCCACCAUCUGGUUUUCUCCCAAAGGAUCGAACAGAAGGGAACACUGCUUUUUUUCCUACUUGGCAGCGAAUUAACACACGAAAAUAA